AAAACAUCAACUGUAAUUCGACUAAUCAGAAUUUGUUUGUUCCUUAUUGGCGUCCGGAAAAUUUUAAACCGGUGCAUAGAAGAACUCCAUAAAUAACAAAAAAAAAAAAACAAAUAUGGAUAAAAGUUUGUUGUUGCUGGUUGCACUUGGAGGCGUUACACGUUACUAUUUGCAAAACUUCCACUGGAUUGGCGAAAGAGUUGAAGUGUCAACGCCUAUUAACUCCUUUAAGCGUGUUCAGGAGGGAGUUUAUUUAUACGAAAAUGGCAUAGAUCCCUACCUGGGCGAUGUGGUGCAUGAGUUGCCGGUGAUUUUGGUGUUACUAGUGCGUAUUUUCAAUUCCAUAUCAAAUUUUGUGCCACUGCUGUAUGUGUUGAUUGAUUUGAUGACAGCAAUACUACUUUAUAAAAUGGCACAACAAUUUGUGCGUUCCAAACUUACUGAGCAAAAGUUUGAAUCGUCUGAAUAUGCUGUUGGCACGGAGGAAUUGCAAGUUCAAGCGACUGAUAUGAAUGUAGUGCCGCGGUGUGUUAUACUGGCUUAUCUCUUCAAUCCACUAUCACUACUGAGUUGCGCUGGUCUAACAUCGACAGUUUUCAGCAAUUUCCUGAUAGCGUUAACACUCUAUUUUCUUGUCAAGCGGCAUUUAUUACCUUGCAUUGUGUGUUUAGCUCUGGAAACAAUGCGUAAUUUAUAUCCCGUUGUAUUAAUUGCACCAGUCAUAUUAGUAUUCACUCAACGAUCGAAAAAUACAUUCACGAGCUCUAUUAGCAUCCUGGCACUAUUUGCUUCAGCUUGUUUUGCUAUCACUGGAUUUAACUAUGCGUUAAUAAAUAGUUGGAGCUUCUUAGAUGCAACGCUAGGAUUUAUUUUCUUCUAUCGUGAUCUUCAACCAAAUAUCGGACUAUUUUGGUACUUCUUUACUGAAAUGUUCGAACACUUUCGCACAAUGUUCCUAAUUACAUUCCAAAUGAAUGCAACCGUCCUUUAUCUUGUGCCGCUAUCGCUCAAAUUGCGUAAAGAGCCAUUAUUACUGGCAACAGUGCUCAUUGCUUUGAUGUCCAUAUUUCGGUCCUAUCCCAGUGUUGGUGAUGUAAGUUUCUAUUUGGCACUACUUCCGCUAUGGCGUCGUUGUUGGAAGUUCAUGGCGCAUAAUUUCGUGGUUUUCUGCUUCUUUGUGGUUACGCUUUCAAUGAUGCCGGCACUUUGGCAAUUAUGGAUUUAUUCCGGUUCAGCGAAUGCCAAUUUUUACUUUGGCACAACGUUGGCAUUCUCUACUGGACAGAUAUUCCUAGUCACUGAUCUGCUCUUUGCUCAUGUCAAACGGGAUUUCUGCUUGCGAAAUGGCUUAAAAGUUUAUGUUGAUGGCAAAGAAGCAAAAAUUAUUUUAGAAUAAGCCUAUGGCGGUCUAUAGUUGAUUGUAUCACGAAGAUAUAUUGCCUGCAGAACUUUCGACGUGUUGGCUGAGUUGCGAAUGUGACAUAAUAGUAUUAAAAUAAUUAACAUAUGCAUUUUUUGUUUUAAAUAACUGCGAGCCGAGUAAUGCAUAGUAUAUGAAAGUUUUAUUUUAGUAUUAUUAAAAAAUUCCAUGAACAAAAUAAAAAUUAAAUAUCAUUAAA